GCGGCGAUGGCGGCGAUGGCGGGUGCCCGCGGGGGGCGGCGGCGCAGGCGGAGGGGCGGCUCUCGCAGCCGCGGCCGGGCAGGGCCAGCAGGAGGGCCAGGGCGCGCCCCAAGCUCCCCGCCCCGGGAGGACGCCGCCGCCGCCGCCGAGGCCACUCAGCCAGCCAGCCAGCCGCCCCGGCGCGCUACUCCUGCUGCCGCAUUCCCCGGGAGCCCCCCGCCGCCGCCGCCGCCGCCGCCGCCGCGCCACACGCCGGCCACGACAGCAGCCGAGGGAGGGAGGGAGGGAGGGUGGGAGCGCCCCUCGUGCGCCGCCCGGGUCCAGCCCCCUGCAGACCCCCCCCUCCCGCGGGCACGCGUCCUCCUGCCCGCCGCCCUUGCUGCUGAUGCUGCCGCCGCCGCCGCCGCCGCUGCCGUCGGUGCCAGGCGGGGGCGAGCGGGAGGGUCGCCGCAGGUGGGCAGGCGGGGCGGGGCGGGCGCGGCGGCUGGUGCUGGUUCCGCGCAGCCGGCAGAAGGUUGUCGUGAGGAUUGUCGUGAGGAUAAAACGGAGGAAAGGAAAUGGAGGUGAGCGGCUUCGGAUCUCCGUUUGGAAGAACAACGGACAUGAACGAACCCAAUAAAGAGAUGAGCGGCUGCCGCUGGGAAGCCAAAGCCGAGCGGAUGCAACAGAAAGUAUUUGAACUGGGGAGCGAUCUGGUUAAUUCUUCUGAUUAAGUUUGAAUUUUACAUAAUCACAUUCUGCCCUGCAAGGGGGGGGGGGGUGUGUGUGACAGAGCAUCCAUGUGGCUUGCAGAAGGUGCCAGGUUCAAUCCCCAACAACUCCAGCUGAAGCGAGGACUGGGCAGGAGGAGGUGGCUCGGCCUCACUUGCUCCUGUCAAGCCUCCGAAGCAAACCUGGGUUGGUCCGUAAUGCAGAGCCGAUCCAUGGCAGACCUCCUCUCUCGCCUGGAGAGUCCUGCCGGAGGGCUCGUUAUAUCGAUGCUUUUGUCCCUGGAGAGCUGACUGACCCUUGGUGGACGGAGGAGGGUCUGUGGGGCAGCUCAGUGGUCCUGUGUUUCAGGGGCCUCGUAAUCCCAUCGAUUCAUAGCUCCUACAAAAAAAGAUGGCACAGCGAGGACUCCUUUGCUGCACCCAAAGAGGUGGGCCGUCAUUCGUGAACUCAGAUGCCGGAUGAAGUCUGGCUGGUUGCUGAAGUGCUGCAGGGCUCUUGUCUAUGCGAGUCCUCUGAUGUCCCCUCCAGGCUCACCAAGGCGAAGGCCAGUGACAGUGAGUGCAGCAGGAGGGGGUUGAGUGGACAGAAACAGGUGAAGCUGGUUUGUUGCUGGACCUUCCGUCGUGUGUCACAGUAUUGUCUAGUUGAAAUUUUUACCGCCAGGAAAUUAAACCCGCCCCUGCCAUGUGCUGGGGGGAGGGGGCUGCUGGAUGAGAGGGGCCACCUGUGGUACAGAGAUAAAUCCAGUGUUUGAUUAACUCCUUACGUGGGGGACAAGGUCGCAGCCUGCUUAUUGGGUCACCGUUUGCACAGGAGUGGUUCACUGUGGCUGGUAGCAGCAAGUCUCUACAUUCCUUGGUGUGUUGUUUUGCCAUCACAUCACAGCUGACUGAUGGCAGCCCCGCAGGAUUUCAAAGACGUUUGGAGGUAGUUUGCCAUUUCCUGCCUCUGUGUCUCCACCUAGCAGCAGGGGCUGCCCACGGCUUCCUCUUCCUGCCUCCCUGAGGAUUGCCCCGCCCUCCCAGGCUGAUAGGCUGGAACAGCUGGCCCUCUCUGUCCCAGGUCUGGUCAGUGCCGAGGUGCCGAGGCUGCUCUUGGGAAAAUAAAAAUAACAAACCUCAUCCAUACGGGGGUUCUGUUCUCUUGCCUUGGGGACGGCUUGGGAAUUCCCCACCAUGAAAGAGCAUGCUCCUGUGGAACUGGGUGUGAAGAGUCUGUUCUUCACGUUUUGUUGUGUUGCCCCCCCGAGACAGCUGGUCUAGGAGCAAAUAUUUAGAGCCCUGCUGAUGGGUCUUGAAGAGCUUGCUGACAAUCAAUUAAUUAUAUUUCUCUUGAAUGGUGACCAUAAGGAGAUUCUGGAGCUGGUAGCUAAAAUUUUAUGGUUUGUCAUUGACAAGCAUGUAUGAAAGGGUUUAUCGUAUUUAAUUACUGCAUUACUGUGCCAAUAAAGGUCAUUGGA